GCGAAGAGGCCGCGAGCAAUCUGCACUCAUGUGCGGUACUUUUGCAGUGUGGCAGGCUGCAAUUUGCACGAGGCGCCAUGGCUGCUGCACAUGUCAAAGCAACAUUGUGAGCUGUGUAUGUACCAUUCUAGUUAAUUACCUGGUGGUCUGGAGAUUGUGCUCAAGAUACCUAGCUAGCUAGCUGUGAGUUGUUUUGAACUGCAGCUCUGUUUGCUGCACAGAGGCGGGCCGCUCGGGGAGUGCUCAGCACCGUCUAUGCAUUGCGGAAGGGUAGGCAACAGGGGGCAGGUCGUCAACUACUUGGAUGGAGCCUGCAAUGCGGGGUUUGCAGAUGGGGCUGUGUUGCCAUGAGUCGCAAGAAUAGAUUCUUCGGCAUCGGGCUGUUUGCUAGGUACUGUAGCGGUGUGCACGACUCACGGAAGGGAGCUGGAUGCACUUGACUGCCAGAUUUAAAAGCGCGAACAGUGCAUUGAUAGGUUUUGAUUGGAGGUGUGGAGUCAACUUGGGUCGAUUGCCACCAACCUCAUUCUGAGAACGAAGUGCCCUUGAAAGUGCUGCUGAAGCUGAGGUGAGUGAAACUACCAAGAAGGGGCAACACAAGGAGCCAAGAUGAAGUGUCUUGGAGUCGACAUCUCGCGGCCCCUGUUCGAGUUCUUAACCUCGCUCUCGCGCCAGCCCCCUCUAGUUAUCCAGUACAAUGGCUGCCAGAGGCCCGAUGUUUCCACCCGCGGCAAGUACGGUUGCAAGGAUGCGGUACAGCCCUCCCUGGCGCAGUUUCUCGACGAACUUCGGACAUGGGCGGCCAGCCUCGGACAGGCGGUCCAGGGGUGUCACGAAGUGCCCCCGAGACUGAUCUGCGCAUCCCUCGCCAUCAUUCUCAAGAAAUGUGGCAUGUACACAAUCGAGGCCGAGAUCGGCCUCGCCCAAAUGGAGAAGUCCCUCGCAGAACAGUACUGCGAGCAACAGGCCGAGAACUUCGUUCCCACCGAAGUCCCCUUGGGCGAAACGUGGGUGCUCUAUCAUCAGCGGGAUCCGCACGCCGAUGCCAACCCGAAAGCCAAAGCGACUCCCCCGCACUCUGAUGCGCGCUCAAAGUCGCCCGAGCCAUGGGUAUUGUACCAUCAGCGCGCGGCGGAGAGCGGCGCUGAUGUCAGAGAGGCGAAGUCUCAGACCCCGGACGAAGCGAGCUGUCCCCGAAGCGAUGGAAAUGGGCAGAAAGGGGAGGCCGGAUUGGAGGCGGAUAGCGGGGAGAGGCGCGAGGAGGGGAGUGACGUCAUCGCCGAGAAUCCGGGGAGCGGCGCAGUGGUUGAGCAGGGGAAGGAAAAAGAGGUUGCGGAGACACGGGAUCUGGUGGGAGAACUAGAGGCGAGGAACCCGAAGAGCCUGUGCACUCUGAUGUCGGAGUCGCAGACGUGGGUGCUUUACCACCAGAGGGACGACAUGGGUGCCCAGCCGGAGGCGGCAGCGACAGCUGGCACCGAGCGUGUGACAGCUGGCAUGGAGGGUCCGAGUGCUUCUGAGGAUGAUGUGACACCUGGCAAGGAGUGCGUGACAGCUGGUGGAGAGGAGGUGACAGCUGUUACGGCCGAGGCGACAGCUAUCGAGGGGAUGGAGGGGGAGGAGACAGCUGGCUGGGGCUCUCCUGAGGCGCAGACGACAGCUGUCGAGGACGACCGAGACGAGGACGUUGCCAUCCUUGAUGCUGCCUCCAUUCAGACUCGCAGCGCAGCCGCCCAGCGCAAGCGUCGCGCGAGCUCGCCGAAGGAGCCCCCGCCAAAACGCGUCCAGACCGAGAACGUCCCUCUGCAAGCAGCGUCCAGCUACCAGACGGAGACGGACAAGGGGGCUCCCACCAAGAGCACCAGCACCAGCAGAGGGAGACGGGGCAAGGGCAGCUGCGGCAAGCCGGGUCAAAAGCUAACCCUCGCUGACCUGGAGAGUCAGUUCGGCGUGAUCCAAAAGCAGGCCGCGAAGAACCUCAACGUUUGUGCCACGACGCUCAAGCGCGCCUGCCGCAGGCACGGGAUCGAGCGGUGGCCGCGACAGGAGACGUUGGAGGGAGCGAUCGUGUCAGUCAAGAGCGUGGCCGCCUCGGAGGUGACGUCCCAAGCCGACAGCCUUGCGGACAGUGCGCAGAAGCGGGCGUCCAAAAGCGCGGGGCGUCCGAACCGGGAGGUCGCACCGAAAGCCGCUACCCCCUCGGCGGCCCCCUACUCCGACCCCCCCGUUUCGGGGCACUUGGAUCCAGUGCACAUGGACUUGAGCCCGAUCGUCAGUUUCCGGUCUGAGCCUUCCUUCGCGGAACUGGCGGACUUUACGGGGGCGGAAGACACCGCCUUUCACUCCGUGGGGGGGAGCCUUUCCGAGCACACCGGGCCCCCCCAGAUUUCGAGCCCUGUCGCGACCAACCUGACGAUGACAGCUGGCGCCGCGCGCCUGACAGCUGGCACCCAGCAGCUGACCGCUGCGGGGGGGUGGGGCAAGCAAGGGCCGUUCGGGUAUGCGAGGCCUCCAUCGCCGGACAUGUCGACGCUGCUGGAGGAGUUUCUGACGUCAGAGGACAAUCCGUUCGGGACACGGGGCGAGGCGUCCGAUGAGCUGGACACGAACCUGUUUUCAUCUGCGAUGGCCCCACCCGAAAGCUCUGGCGCGCACAGCAAGGGAACGGUUGUCCAAGAUGAGGAGUCGGCGCACGGGGGAACGCUGUACCAGGAUUAUCAGCUGAUGCUCACUGAACCGACACAGGGCGGCAGCAUGUAUACGGACUCGCGCACGGACACGGGCCCCGUCUUCCAGGAGUUCCAGAGCAUGCCGUCCAAGCCCAUCCAGGGACACGAGUCCUCGCACCAGGGCUCUUUCUACCAGCCUUUCCAGGAGAUGCUCCACGCACCGCUGGAGGAAAACGUGAUGCUGGCCCGUUCAACCCGGCACCCCGCGCUCUCGCGCGCGCACUCGACGACCAACAUGCGCUCCUACAACGAGAGCCAGUUCAUGCAACCGGGAAUGCACUUUUCGCGCAACAAUGUAGUUUUCGCGAGCCCCGACGGCCGUAGUAACUGGGUGCGGCAGAGUAACCCGUUUCCGGGGGGUCAGAUGCGGCGGGUUGUGACUGACGGAAGGCAGCACGGCGUGAGCUUUGCGUUCCCCCCCACGCCGAGUACCUCGGGCACUUACGACGGGCCCGGUUUCUUCUGAAGCGUUUUCCCCGGAAGAAAGCGUCGGAGCUCAGAGCGGAAUCAACGAUGACACCAGUUGCAGUGGCUCAGCGGCGCGGUGCAGAUUUUGUACAGGGAACCUAUGGCCGAGGGGCGAUAUUGGGCUGUCGUAUUAGAGUAAGUUUUGCUUGUACGCAUUCCUACGUGUUGGUUGUACGUUAGUGGUUGUACGGUAAGCGUUGGAGAGCCGGACAUCUGCCCAAUGUAUAGGAGGGCCUGAUUGUUUCCGGUUCGUAUGUGGCGUGCAUUAAGCAUCUAAUGGACUAUGUAGCCAGGGAAAACUCCUUUAGCCGAGGGGACCUGACACAAGCACGCACUGUUUACGGCGCCCUAGCAUCCGCACGAAAUGGUGUAAUAUUACACAUGCUCCACUAAGAAAGUCUAGGAUUUGUUCUCAAGGGGAACACCUAUACGAGCUUGUAUGGAAGGUGCUGAAUAUUGAUAUAGACAUAUACGCCGUUACCAAAGAAGAUCGAUCCAGAAAGUACGGGACUAGAAGUGCUCUCAAUGGGUGUACAGAUUUUGAACAAUCAAACAUCGUUUCAGACGAAUUGAAUGGCCGCCCAGGCCAAUCAAUUUGGUGGGUGUAAGUUACCAUCAAAGUGACGCACUAGCUCAACCAGAACGGGCCCCGCAAUUUUUCAGCGGAUGUACGUACGGUCGCAUCAACGCUUGCCUCUUGUGAUUGCAUAUAUUUCGAAG